CCCUUCCCACGUGGUCCCGCCCCGCGCAUGCGCCGUGCGUCUCGCGCUGGGCGCUCUGCACGUGGACGCCAUCUUGUCUUUGUCCCUCCCCCGCCGGCCGCGCGCGUCGCUUUCCAGAUGUCAAGUUCCCCACCGGCGAAGAAGCGCUGUGUCUCUGCCGACAAAACGGGUUCCUACUGCACGGCGAGCAAAGCGGCCAAGACCUCUCUGCCAAAGGACGCGGACAUGGCCAAGAAUGGAGGCAAUGAUGUUGACAUCGAUGAGGGCCUGUACUCAAGGCAGCUGUACGUGCUCGGCCACGAGGCAAUGAAGCGCAUGCAGCGCUCGGAUGUGCUCGUGUCGGGCAUGCGGGGGCUGGGCGUGGAGAUCGCCAAGAACGUCAUCCUGGGUGGCGUCAAGUCCGUCUCAGUCCAUGACCAGGGGAACGCCGAGUACCUGGACCUCUCCUCCCAGUUCUAUCUGCCGGAGAAGGACCUGGGGAAGAACCGGGCCGAGGUGUGCCAGCCCCAACUCUCUGAGCUCAACACCUACGUGCACGUGUCGGCGUACACGGGCGAACUCACCGAAGAGUACCUCUCCAAGUUCCUGGUUGUGGUGCUGACCAACUCCACCUUGGAGGAAUGCAUUCGCGUCGGCGACUUGUGUCACUCCAAAGGGAUCAAGUUCAUCGCAGCAGACACCAGGGGCUUAUUUGGACAACUCUUCUGUGAUUUUGGUGACGAGUUCACGGUGAUGGAUUCUACUGGAGAACAACCCGUCAGCGCUAUGAUCUCUGCAGUUACAAAGGAUGCCGUUGGAGUUGUUACGUGUCUCGAUGAAACCCGGCAUGGAUUUGAGAGUGGGGACCACGUCAUCUUCACUGAAAUCCAGGGGAUGACGGAGCUCAAUAACUGCAAACCUCGGGAGAUCAAAGUUCUUGGCCCAUACACAUUCAGCAUCGGGGACACGAGCGGCUUCUCAGACUACAAACGUGGUGGUAUUGCCGCACAGGUCAAAAUGCCCAAGAAGAUCAGCUUUAAAACGUUCAGCAAGGCAUUGGCGGAACCUGAUAUGGUCGUGACAGACUUUGCAAAAUUUGAACGUCCGGGUCAACUCCACCUCGCCUUCCAGGCCCUGCAUGACUUUGUCAAAAAGCACAAACGCCUGCCCAAACCACGCAACCAGGCUGACGCAGACGAGUUGGUGGCUCUGGCACGGGGGCGGAACGAACGCGCCACUGGCGCGGCGCGGCAAGAGCGGCUGGAUGAGGCACUGGUGACCGAGCUGUCCUUCAGCGCCAUGGGAGACCUGGCUCCCAUCAAUGCCUUUAUCGGAGGCAUCGCGGCCCAGGAAGUCAUGAAGGCUUGUACUGGAAAAUUCACACCAUUGACCCAGUGGCUGUACUUUGAUGCACUGGAGUGCCUUCCAGAAGAGGGGAAGGAAACACUUCUCACCGAGGAAAGCUGCAAGCCAAAAGGCUCACGGUACGAUGGCCAGAUUGCAGUCUUCGGAAGCGACUUCCAAAAGAAACUUUUCGCUCAUAAGCUCUUCCUGGUUGGGGCGGGUGCCAUUGGUUGUGAGCUGCUUAAGAACUACGCCAUGAUGGGGCUCGCGUGCGGUGAAGGCGGCAUGAUCACGGUCACCGACAUGGACACCAUCGAGAAGUCAAAUCUCAAUCGGCAGUUUCUCUUCCGCAGCUGGGAUGUACAGAAAAUGAAGUCCGAGACGGCGGCCGCGGCGGUGAAGAAGAUGAACCCGGAGUUGCACAUCACGGCGCACCAGAACCGCGUGGAAGCCGACACGGAGCGUGUGUACGACGACGACUUCUUUGAGGGCCUCGACUGUGUCAGCAACGCCUUGGACAACGUUGACGCACGCAUGUACAUGGACCGGCGGUGCGUCUACUACCGCAAGCCGCUGCUGGAGAGCGGCACGCUGGGCACCAAGGGCAACGUGCAGGUGGUGCUGCCCUUCCUCACAGAGUCGUACAGCUCGAGCCAGGACCCGCCCGAGAAGUCCAUCCCAAUCUGCACCCUCAAGAACUUCCCCAACGCCAUCGAGCACACCCUGCAGUGGGCACGUGACGAGUUUGAAGGCCUUUUCAAGCAGCCUGCAGAGAACGUCAACCAGUACCUACAGGACCCCAAGUUUAUGGAGCGCACACUGAAGCUGCCCGGCACACAGCCGCUGGAGACGCUUGACGCCGUGCGGCGUGCCCUCGUGCACGAGCGGCCCAAGAACUGGGAGGACUGUGUGGCCUGGUCUCGCAAUCACUGGCAGCACCAAUAUAACAAUAACAUCCGACAGCUGCUGCACAACUUCCCGCCCGAGCAGCUCACAAGCUCUGGCGCUCCCUUCUGGUCUGGCCCAAAGAGGUGUCCUCACUACCUCUCUUUCGACGUCAACAACAUCCUGCACAUGGACUACGUGAUGGCGGGGGCGAACCUGUUUGCGACGAUGUACGGCAUCAAGGGGUCGCGCGAUCGCGCCGCCACCGCCGAAGUGCUCGCCCACGUCAAGGUGCCCGAGUACGUGCCGCGGUCCGGCAUCACCAUCCACGUCUCGGACCAGGAGCUGCAGAAUGCGGCAUCUGGCUCCAUGGACGAUGACAAACUGGAAGAAGUGAAGAACACCCUCUCGUCGUUGGACACUCUCAACAACUUUAGGAUGGUGCCCAUCGAGUUUGAGAAGGACGACGAUUCGAAUUUCCACAUGGACUUCAUUGUCGCCGCCUCGAACCUGCGCGCAGAGAACUACGACAUCACCCCUGCCGACAGGCACAAGAGCAAACUGAUCGCGGGCAAGAUCAUCCCGGCCAUCGCCACGACCACGGCGGCCGUGGUGGGGCUCGUGUGCCUGGAGCUCUACAAGAUCGUCAACGGCAACAAGAAGCUCGAGUCGUUCAAGAACGGCUUCAUGAACUUGGCGCUGCCGUUCUUCGGCUUCUCCGAGCCCAUCGCCGCGCCCAAGCACGUGUACUACGACACAGAGUGGAGCCUCUGGGACCGCUUUGAGGUGAAUGCCAUCCAAGAGAAUGGAGAGGAGAUGACGCUCAAAGAAUUCACGGCCUACUUUUUGGAGAAGCACGAGCUGAAGAUCAUGAUGCUGUCGCAAGGCGUCUCCAUGCUCUACUCGUUCUUCAUGGGCCAGGCCAAGCUCAAGGAGCGCCUCGACCAGAAGAUGACUGAAAUUGUCACCAAAGUGUCGAAGAAGAAGAUAGGCAAGCAUGUGAAGGCACUGGUCUUUGAGCUGUGCUGCAAUGACACCAACAACGAGGACCUGGAGGUCCCUUACGUCAAGUACACAUUCCGCUAAGCGGAGCGCGCUCCCAGCCUACAACCCGCCCUGCCAAGCCCCCCCCCCACCAACUUCCCUCCCCGCUCCUCCUUCACUCGCACCACACUACACCUUCACUCUCUCUCGUUAGUGUGUGGCGAUAGUUAACCCCACCGCAGGACCACAAGGCACAUGAUAGCGCAGCAGAGAUGGUUGCUUGCCUGUAGCAUGUGUCUUCUGGGAAGUGUCUGGUCCAAUUACAGACUUUAAAAAUAAAUAUUUUAGGGGAAUACUAAAAACAAUAAAAAUCAGCUAGCGAUGAAAUCGGGUGCACGACUCUAGCCAUCCCUACUUUGCGUGCGUUCCGGUUGCACUAUACACUGCUGACAUUUAUUGACAAUGUUACCUAGAAGCGGAGGGGGGGGGAGGCAAGGUUUGAAACAUGCUACGGGAGGAGAGGGCCGUGCGCGCUGCUGCUGCCGGUGUCCGUGCAACACGCCGCGCGCUCGCGCAACCCCCCUGCACUUUAGGAUGCGCACUCUGCCGAGGCGCCACACAGGCUGCACGCUCCGCUGGCCGCCGGCAUCACUCUGUCGUUCGCACUGCUUUAGGGAAUGGUCGCUGUGGAAGGCUUUAAUAAUAAUAUUCCAUCUUGAAUAACCCCUGACGUUGAGCACAUCGGUGCAGCAAAACAUAAAAGAAAGUGUAACACUUGGAUGUUAUUGUUUCCUUUCUUUUCCACGCCACCCCUACCCCCUCGUCCCUCUCUCUCCACCUACUGUUUUGUUUUGUACAAUCCCAACUGUUGAUGUGGAAUGGAAUAAAGGAUUUUGAUCCGUGA